GUCGCCCAGGUGCGCACGGGCGAGGUCGGCGUCGUCGAGUCCUUCGGCAAGUACCAGCGGCUCGCGGAGCCGGGCGAGAACCUGCUCUACGCGCCCCUGGGCUCCCUCGUGGAGUUCGAGAAGAUCGCGCGGAAGAUGACCAUGCGCAUCGUCGAGACCCGGGUGACCGCGAACACGAAGACGGAGGACAACGUCUUCGUGACCAUCGACGUCACGAUCCUCUACAAGAUCCCGGACGUGUCCAAGGUCCGCGACGCGGCCUACAAGCUCGACAACGUGCCCACGCAGCUCCAGGACUACGUCGAGUCGACGAUCCGGACCCUCGUGUCCAAGGUGAAGAUCGACGACGUUUUUACGCUCGGCAAGGAGCUGCGGAAGGCGGUGCUGGACGAGGCCGCGGCGAAGAUGCUCGAGUUCGGCUACGAGAUCGUGGACACGCUCGUGACGGGCAUCGAGCCCGAGCCCAAGGUGAAGGCCUCCAUGAACCAGAUCAACCUCGAGGCGCGCAUGAAGCUGGCGCAGGUCAACGCGGCCGAGGCGCAGAAGGCCAUCGACAUCAAGCGCGCCGAGGGCCGCGCCGAGGCCAAGCACCUCGACGGCGUCGGCCUCGCGCGCAUGCGCGGCGCCAUGAUCGACGGCUUCGCGCGCUCCGUGUCGACGCUCAACUUCGCCGACGACGACAAGUUCAGCGGCGACGCGACGCAGCUCCUGCUGACGACGCAGUACCUCGACAUGCUCGAGGCCCUCGGCCGCGACGACGCCGGCGGCACGACGAAGCUCUUCCUGCCGACGGCCAUGACCGCCGUCGACGACAUGCGGUCCCGGCUC